AUGGAGCACAAUUUCUGGGAGCUGCACAAGCGUCUUGGGGAGUGCUAUGCUGCGCAGAUGCAAGAGAAGACGGAGAGCUGUUAUCUCCGCAAGCUCCCGCCUCUGGCGUCUGCAACUUUGAAACCAUGCAGACGAGCCGAGCUGGCCGACCUGCCGCUGGCUCCGCGCUCCGUGACUGCGGGAGCAGAUGGAAAGGUUGACACGCGAGUGCCCACGCAGCCCACGCAGCCGGAAUUCCUGGCCGCAACUUUCGAUGCGCCGCCCGUGUCAGACCUCAAACUGUUGUCCUUAGGCCCGGCUGUGUCGAUGCGCUGGAGCUCCGGACCUUUUGUGGAGGACUUGCGCGCGGCGGCAGAGCAUGCAGACCUUUUGUUGACUUCGGAAGGCCAAAAGCCGACAUCGGAGAUGUCCCUGAAGCCUCGGGAGUUCUGGAUGCAAAGCGAGGACGUGGGCCAGCGGUUCUCGCGGAACCGGCGGCACAGCUGCAGCGUGCAGCUGCCGCGGGGCAAUACCCUGCAGAGGCUGCACGCACUGCAGAACACCUUUGCUCAGCUGCGCGUGAUUCAACAUCCCGGAAGCCCUUUCAGGGCCUGGUGGGACACAGUGGGCACUCUGUUGUUGUGCUAUGACCUGGUGACCAUCCCUUUGCGCGUGUUUGAUGUGGGGGAGUCCAUGUUUAUGAUGGUCAUGUCAUGGAUCACCCAGUUGUACUGGAACUUUGAUUUGCUCCUCUCCUUCAUCACGGGAUACUACGACGCAGGGGUUUUGAUCCUGGACUUGCGGAAGACUGCCAAGAGCUAUGCUACAGGCUGGCUUGUGUUUGACCUGGCUGUGGUGAGUAUCGACUGGAUGAUUGUCGCGCUGAACGCCAGAGAUGAUGACAAGGCGGGUGUAGCUCGUUUGUCGAAGACGAUCAGGACCCUGCGGUUUCUUCGGCUGGCGCGACUGGGUCGUAUGGUCAAGGCAGGCUCCAUGAUCGAGUCCUUGCGUGAGCAAUUCACUUCGCAAAUGGCCUCACUCCAGUAUGGAGUGGUGAAGAUCAUUAUUCGGCUGAUGCUGAUCAACCACGUCAUUGCGUGUCUUUGGUAUAUGAUGUCCAUGGAAGAGGAAGGCCCAAACUGGGUGAACGAAAAUGGCUUGGAGGGCGAAUCAACUGCAUAUCUCUAUGCAACUUCUCUUCAUUGGACUUUCUCUCAAUUGGGCGCAGGGCAGACCAGCGUGGAGGCUGUGACCUUGCAAGAACGCAUUUUCUCUGUGGUUGUCGCCUUUUUCUGCCUGAUCAUGUUCUCGACCUUAGUCAGCUCGGUGUCAUCAAUGAUGGCAAAUCUGCAGCGCAUGAAGGAUGAGGAGAUCGAGCAGUUCCAGUCUCUGCGUCGCUUUCUGGCACACAACAACAUAGAUGCAGACUUGUCACACCGCAUCACUCGCUUCCUGCAAUACACUUUUGCAGCCAAGAAUGAGGUGAUGUCUGCGGAUGAGCGGGUUCCCAUUUUGAGCCUGCUGUCAAAGCCCCUGCAAGCUGAGUUGCAGCUGCAAAGGCAUAAAGACUGCUUGGGGCAGUGUGCUUUUUUCAACAGUCUUUUACAACAUAGCAGCUUCCAUGUUGUGCGCGUCAUGCGGGACGUGGCGCUGAACUGUAUGUCACAUGCAGUGCAUGCUUCUGGAGAUGUGAUCUUCGUUGCAGGCGCCAUUGCCAGCUCGUGCUUCUUCCUUGCAAGCGGGGCACACAGCUACACCAACACCAUUUCCACGCGGGAGGUGUGCAACGUGUGGGUGGCGGAGAUGUGUCUAUGGAGCCCCUGGGUCCACGUAGGGGACCUGGUGGCCAUGGAUUUGUCUCGGCUCGUCUCCAUGGAAGUGACCUCCUUCUGCGAGUGCGUGGGCAAGGCGGUGGAGACCCGGGAGAUGGCCUCCACCUACGCCGCCCAAUACGUGGCCGCCCUGAAUGUGCAGAGCUCCUGGUCCGACCUGGCCGACGAGGAGCCCUGUCAGGCGAAGGCGGAAGAGCGGACGGUGCGCUCGAGCGGCUGCUGUCCGAGGCCUGCGAAGAGCGAGCUUUUUGCAUUUUUGCAGCCGAUUUAG